UCCGAAGAGACACACGUUAUCUGGGAGGCAGCCGAGGGGCCAGUCAUCUCCUCACAUCUUUUCUGCAUCUAGCACAAUCCCCUUCAUCCGUCCUGUAUGGUGGAUAUUAUUUUCAGCUCUUCUUUCUUGGGUGAUAUGGGGGAUCAUUCCAAAAAGAAGUCAGGAUUCGCAAUGUGCGUAGGAUGUGGAAGUCAGAUUCAUGACCAGUACAUACUGAGAGUCUCCCCCGACCUGGAAUGGCACGCAGCCUGCCUGAAGUGUGCAGAGUGCAGCCAGUACCUGGAUGAGACCUGCACUUGUUUUGUCCGGGACGGCAAAACUUAUUGCAAAAGAGAUUAUGUAAGGCUGUUUGGAAUAAAAUGCGCAAAAUGCAACCUGGGAUUCAGCAGCAGCGAUUUGGUGAUGAGAGCCCGGGAUAACGUGUACCACAUCGAGUGUUUUCGGUGCUCGGUGUGCAGCAGGCAGCUGCUGCCGGGGGACGAGUUCUCCCUGCGGGAAGACGAGCUGCUGUGCCGGGCGGACCACAGCCUGCUGCUGGACCGGAGCGCCGCAGGAAGCCCGAUCAGCCCCGGACACAUCCACUCCAACAGAUCGCUGCACCUGGCAGAUCCGGUCUCGGUGCGGCAGGCCCCGCAUCGGAACCACGUCCACAAGCAGUCGGAGAAGACGACUCGGGUCCGGACGGUGCUGAACGAGAAGCAGCUGCACACGUUGCGGACCUGCUACAACGCGAACCCGAGGCCGGACGCGCUGAUGAAGGAGCAGCUGGUGGAGAUGACCGGCCUCAGCCCGCGGGUGAUCCGGGUGUGGUUCCAGAACAAGCGCUGCAAAGACAAGAAGAGGUCCAUCUUGAUGAAGCAGCUCCAGCAGCAGCACCACAGUGACAAGACUGUAAGCAUCUUCAACCUGCAGGGCCUCACGGGGACGCCUCUUGUGGCGGGGAGUCCUAUUCGUCAUGAAAGCUCUGUGCAAGGAAACCCAGUGGAGGUCCAGACCUACCAGCCUCCAUGGAAAGCCCUCAGUGAGUUUGCCCUGCAGAGCGACCUGGACCAGCCGGCCUUCCAACAACUGGUGUCUUUUUCUGAAUCGGGCUCUCUCGGAAACUCCUCGGGCAGCGACGUGACUUCUUUGUCCUCUCAGUUACCGGACACUCCCAACAGUAUGGUACCCAGCCCGGUGGAGACGUGAAACUGGGCCCCUCAGACCGGACGGUCUCCCCCCCCUGUCUUGCAAGGACAAGUGCAGCAUGAUCCCGGUCCCCUGCAUGUGACCAGUUCACCACAUCGCCCCAAACUGCAAAGGAGAGUUUUCUUUUUAAAUAUCAUUACACGGAAGGGAUGGAACCAGGAUAGACCCCAUUGACUCCAAGAUUUUUUUUUAUGGAGCUUUCAUUGACAAAAACUAAGCAGAACAAUUCGUGCAUGACUUGAUAUGGAGAGAGAUGUACAGAAGACCUCCGGAUGGAUUAAACAAACCUCCCCUCAAAACAAAUUUGGAACCUUUUACGUGUCGAAAAAGAUGGACAUUCUGCGACUUCCUUGUGAUAUUGUGUCUUGUUUCGUCAACAUGAGCCUUUUUUUGAUACAUUUUAUUGCGUUGUCGAGUCCCGUUGACUCCGUGUCUAAAGGUCAGAGCAUGAUAAUCUGCUAAUUAUUUGUGUUGUAAAAUACUUUAUCUUAAGGGCAGGUUGUUUGAGCUUCUUGACCAAAAAGUAAAUUAUUGUUAUAUUAUUUAUUGUUAGGUAAGCAAUUCGUAAAGGGAUCAUUAACUGAUAAAAAAAACAAUAAAAAAAACAAGCUGAAUACAUAA